GUCAGCGUUGGGUCGCAGUGGCUGUGAGGGCAGAAGAAAAGGCCAGGCUGAGGAAGCUGAGGGGAGGGUGGAGGGUGAAAAGCUGGGAUCUGUGUUUGGGGAAGGCCAGCCUCGCGCUCCUGGCCGGGUUCCGCGAAGGGAACCUUGGCUGACUUGGCUCGCGAGCGAAGGGCAGCGUCUGAGCUCCCGGCGUUCCAGGAGCGGCCUCUUUUGUAGGAGCACCUGAAAUGCAGCGUCUGGUGCACUAAGCCGUAGCGGCAGCAGCAGCCACAGCGACAGCGCUGGGGCCCUGUGUAGAAGCUCCAUCCCCCUUGUCUUUGUGCUUGCCUGCGUCCCCAGACUCAGAGAUUAUCUUAGAAGACCUAGGACUCCAAAAAUGUUUCCCCUGAAGGACGCUGAAAUGGGAGCCUUUACCUUCUUUGCCUCGGCUCUGCCACAUGAUGUUUGUGGAAGCAAUGGACUUCCUCUCACACCAAAUUCCAUCAAAAUUUUAGGGCGCUUUCAAAUCCUUAAAACCAUCAUCCAUCCCAGACUCUGCCAGUAUGUGGAUAUUUCUAGGGGAAAGCAUGAACGACUAGUGGUCGUGGCUGAACAUUGUGAACGUAGUCUGGAAGACUUGCUUCGAGAAAGGAAACCUGUAAGCUCUUCAACGGUUCUGUGUAUAGCAUUUGAGGUUCUUCAGGGCUUGCAGUAUAUGAACAAACAUGGUAUAGUACACAGGGCAUUGUCUCCUCAUAAUAUCCUGUUGGACCGAAAGGGACAUAUUAAAUUGGCUAAAUUUGGACUUUAUCACAUGACAGCUCAUGGUGAUGAUGUUGAUUUCCCAAUAGGGUAUCCCUCAUACUUGGCCCCUGAGGUAAUUGCACAGGGAAUUUUCAAAACCACUGAUCACAUGCCAAGUAAAAAACCAUUGCCUUCUGGCCCCAAAUCAGAUGUAUGGUCUCUUGGAAUCAUUUUAUUUGAGCUUUGUGUGGGAAGAAAAUUAUUUCAGAGCUUGGAUAUUUCUGAAAGACUAAAAUUUCUGCUUACUUUGGACUGUGUAGAUGACACUUUACUAGUUCUGGCUGAAGAGCAUGGUUGUUUGGACAUUAUAAAGGAGCUUCCUGAAACUGUGAUAGAUCUUUUGAAGAAGUGCCUUACCUUCCAUCCUUCUAAGAGGCCAACCCCAGAUGAAUUAAUGAAGGACAAAGUGUUCAGUGAGGUAUCACCUUUAUAUACCCCCUUUACCAAACCUGCCAGUCUGUUUUCAUCUUCUCUGAGAUGUGCUGAUUUAACUCUGCCUGAGGAUAUCAGUCAGUUUUGUAAAGAUAUAAAUAAUGAUUACCUGGCAGAAAGAUCUAUUGAAGAAGUUUAUUACCUUUGGUGUUUGGCUGGAGGUGACUUGGAGAAAGAGCUUGUCAACAAGGAAAUCAUUCGAUCCAAACCACCUAUCUGCACACUACCCAAUUUUCUCUUUGAGGAUGGUGAAAGCUUUGGACAAGGUCGAGAUAGAAGCUCGCUUUUAGAUGAUACCACUGUGACAUUGUCGUUAUGCCAGCUAAGAAAUAGAUUGAAAGAUGUUGGUGGAGAAGCAUUUUACCCAUUACUUGAAGAUGACCAGUCUAAUUUACCUCAUUCAAACAGCAAUAAUGAGUUGUCUGCAGCUGCCACUCUCCCUUUAAUCAUCAGAGAGAAGGACACAGAGUACCAACUAAAUAGAAUUAUUCUCUUUGACAGGCUGCUAAAGGCUUAUCCAUAUAAAAAAAACCAAAUCUGGAAAGAAGCAAGAGUUGACAUUCCUCCUCUUAUGAGAGGUUUAACCUGGGCUGCUCUUCUGGGAGUUGAGGGAGCUAUUCAUGCCAAGUACGAUGCAAUUGAUAAAGACACUCCAAUUCCUACAGAUAGACAAAUUGAAGUGGAUAUUCCUCGCUGUCAUCAGUACGAUGAACUGUUAUCAUCACCAGAAGGUCAUGCAAAAUUUAGGCGUGUAUUAAAAGCCUGGGUAGUGUCUCAUCCUGAUCUUGUGUAUUGGCAAGGUCUUGACUCACUCUGUGCUCCAUUCCUAUAUCUAAACUUCAAUAAUGAAGCCUUGGCUUAUGCAUGUAUGUCUGCUUUUAUUCCCAAAUACCUGUAUAACUUCUUCUUAAAAGACAACUCACAUGUAAUACAAGAGUAUCUGACUGUCUUCUCUCAGAUGAUUGCAUUUCAUGAUCCAGAGCUGAGUAAUCAUCUCAAUGAGAUUGGCUUCAUUCCAGAUCUCUAUGCCAUCCCUUGGUUUCUUACCAUGUUUACUCAUGUAUUUCCACUACACAAAAUUUUCCACCUCUGGGAUACCUUACUACUUGGGAAUUCCUCUUUCCCAUUCUGUAUUGGAGUAGCAAUUCUUCAGCAGCUGCGGGACCGGCUUUUGGCUAAUGGCUUUAAUGAGUGCAUUCUUCUCUUCUCCGAUUUACCAGAAAUUGACAUUGAACGCUGUGUGAGAGAAUCUAUCAACCUGUUUUGUUGGACUCCUAAAAGUGCUACUUACAGACAGCAUGCUCAACCUCCAAAGCCAACUUCUGACAGCAGUGGAGUCAGAAGUUCGGCACCUUAUUUCUCUGCUGAGUGUCCGGAUCCUCCAAAGACAGAUCUGUCAAGAGAAUCCAUCCCAUUAAAUGACCUAAAGUCAGAAGUAUCACCACGGAUUUCAGCAGAGGACCUGAUUGACUUGUGUGAGCUCACAGUGACAGGCCACUUCAAAACACCCACCAAGAAAACGAAGUCCAGUAAACCAAAGCUCCUGGUGGUUGACAUCCGGAAUAGUGAAGACUUUAUUCGUGGUCACAUUUCAGGAAGCAUCAACAUUCCAUUCAGUGCUGCCUUCACUGCAGAAGGGGAGCUUACCCAGGGCCCUUACACUGCUAUGCUCCAGAACUUCAAAGGGAAGGUCAUUGUCAUCGUGGGGCAUGUGGCAAAGCACACAGCUGAGGCUCAUAGGAUCAAUGGACUCAUCUCCAGAUGAUACUCGAGACUUGACACUUGGGACUUCAGACUUGAGUUAAUGCUGAAGCAGGUUAAGAAUUUGGUGGACUAUUGCAGAGGCAUGGUUGUAUUCUGAUAUGUGAGGAGGACAUAAGAUUUAGGGGAUCAGAGGCAGAAUGAUGUGGUUUGGAUGUUUGUCCCCUCCAAAUCUCAUUUCAAAUGUAAUUCCUAAUGUUCAGUAUGGGUCCUUUUAGAAGGUGUUUGGAUCAUGGGGGAAGAUCCCUCAUGAAUGGUUUGGUGCCCUCCCAAUGGUAAUAAGUGAGUUCUUGCUCUGCUAAUUCAUGUGAGAGUUGUUAUGAGAGUUGAUGGUUUAAAGGAGCCUGGCUCCACCUCCUCUCUCUCUUGUUCCCACUCUUGCCAUGUGACAUGCUAGCUCGCUAUUGCCUUCUGUCAGGAUUGUAAGCUUCCUGAGGCCUCACCAGAAGAUGUUGGCACCACGCUUCCUGUAAAGCCUACAGAACUAUGAGCCAAUUAAACCUCUUUUUUUAAUUUCUUCUAUAAAAAAAAAAAAAAAAAAAAAAAAACAGGAUACAUGUACAGAACAUGCAGGUUUGUUACAUAGUUAUAUGUGUGCCAUGGUGGUUUGCUGGACCUACUGACCUGUCCUCUAAGAUCCCUUCCCUCACCCACCACCACCCAACAGGCCAUGGGGUGUGUUGUUCCCCUCUCUGUGUCCAUGUGUUCUCAAUGUUCAACUUGCAUUUGUGAGUGAGAACAUGCAGUGUUUGGUUUUCUGCUCCUCUAUUAGUUUGCUGAGGAUGAUGGCUUCCAGCUUCAUCCAUGUCCCUGCAAAGGACAUGAUGUCAUUCCUUUUUAUGGCUUCAUAGUAUUCCAUGGUUUUCUUUAUCCAGUUUUAUUGCAGAUUUUCUUUAUCCAGUCUAUCAUUGAUGGUCAUUUGGGUUGGUUCCAUGUCUUUGCUAUUGUAAAUAGUGCUGCAAUAAAUAUACAUGAGUAUGUGUCUUUAUAAUAGAAUGAUUUCUAUUCCUUGGGUAUAUACCCAGUAGUGGGAUUGCUGGGUCCAGAUGGUUUUUCUGGUUCUAGAUCCUUGAGGAAUCACCAUACUGUCUUCUACAAUGGUUGAACUAAUUUACAUUCCUACCAACAGUGUAAAAGUGUUCCUAUUUCUCCACAUCUUCACCAGCAUCUAUAGUUUCCUGACUUUUUAAUAAUCACCAUUUUGACUGGCGUGAAAUACUAUCUCAUUUUGGUUUUGAUUUGCAUUUCUCUGAUGACCAGUGAUGUUGAGCUUUUUUUCAUGUU